AUGGGGCCCGGAGCAGCUCCCGUGCACCUGGAACUGUUCGUGGUCUUGUUCCCACUGGCUCCGUUUCUCCUCGCUCACCGGAUGAUCCCACACGCCUCCACCGCCGGCCUCGGGGUGAAGGAGUACUCGCAGAUUGUCGCCCAGCACAAUAGACUGCGCAGCCGGGUCAGACCCAUGGCAGCUAACAUGCAAAAAAUGGAGUGGGAUGAGAAGUUGGCCUUACUGGCAAAAGAGAUGGCAGAGUCCUGUCACAGAGACCCCUCCCCUCAACACCCCACAGCGCUCAGUCACAUUGGCGUGAUCAGUCAGCAUUUUCCUCGUGGCGUCGCCUCGUUUCAUGAUGUCAUCGAGUCCUGGUUCGAGGAGGGAAGAGAUUUUCUCUACUUGAGUGGGCGAUGUAGAGAGAACACCACCUGUCGACACUAUACACAGCUGGUGUGGGCCACUUCCAGUCAUUUGGGCUGUGCCAACCAGCUGUGUCAGAAGGAAGGAGGCAUCUGGGACAUAUUUGUCUGUGCAUAUUACCCUGGGGGGAACUGGGAGGUGAAUGGCCGCCUGGUGACACCCUACAAGGCGGGCCUGUACUGCUCCCUCUGCACGUCUUCCAUGUCUGGCUGCUUUAGACUGUGGGAUCAUGUAGGUGGAUUGUGUGAGAUUCCAAGGAAUCCAUGUCGCAUAAGCUGCGGUCAGCACGGCCAUCUUAACAUCUCAUCAUGCAAGUGCAAGUGUGAUGCGGGCUUCACUGGACGCUUUUGUCAAGUACGGUGCAGUGUGCAGUGUGUGCACGGUCAAUUCAAAGAAGAAGAAUGCUCUUGCUUGUGUGAUGUUGGCUACGCUGGUGCUGAGUGUGCAGAGAAAGUGCAGUUUCCGUUCCACGGCUGUGACGUGAUGAUAGAUGGAGAGUGCUUCACUGUGUCUUCUGAGGCUGACACCUACUAUGGAGCCAAGAUUCACUGUCAGGAACAAUGGGGAAUUCUGUGUCAGAUCCACAGUCAGAAGGUUCAGGACAUCCUGGCGUUUUAUCUCAGUCGCCUGGAGACGAGUAACGAGGUCACCAACGCCGACUUUGAGACACGGAAUUUCUGGAUUGGUCUGACAUAUAAGCCUCUGAAAGACUCAUUUCGCUGGGACACAGGAGAGAUCCCUGGAUUCAGCAGCUUCGCCUUUGGGCAACCUGACAACCAAGGUUUUGGGAACUGUGUCGAGCUGCAGGCAUCAAGUGCUUUCAACUGGAAUGACCAGCGCUGUAAAACACGGAACCGAUACAUCUGCCAACAUGACACGAGCAUGAGUGGAGAUCUGAAGUCCGGCCGCUCCAGGGCGGGGAGCAAGAGAGCCAGCAACACCACUUACGGAUCUGAGUUCGACCUGGACUACGACAGCUAUCAUGAGGACUACUAUGACAGGGUGUAUGACUACCAGCGUGUGCCGGCAUCCCUGUCUCCUCUUCCCCUGGGACCCAGUGUGGCCAAGCGACCCCGCUCCUCCUCCCACUCCUCCGGCCACAGACGCAGUCGAGACAGAGCUCACUCCAAAAGCUCCAGAGCCCACUCCACCAGUUCAAGCACAGCCAAGUUGGGCAUGGAGGAGUUGCAGGUGAUUAAAAAGGAGCUGACUCUGAUAAAGACACAGAUCGAUGGGCUGCUCGACAGUCUUGAAAGGAUGGACACACAGAGGAGUGACCACAAAGGGUCUCCCCUGAGAGAGGACAGUCCGGCCUGCUCCCCGUAUGCUCUGUCCGCCAGCAGCCGGGAGCACUCCCCCUCCUCCCUCUCUCCACCCAGCUCCCGCCAUCGGAUCCACAGGGAGAGCACUGGCCUGAGGGAGCCUGAUGAUGACCACCACACGAUGAGCAACCACAGCUCUGAUCCAGAGGAGGAAAUAUGAGGGAGCACACUCGGACGAAACGUAGGCGAUGUGGAUUAAGUGCCAAACACUGAGGAAGAGAACGACCACAGCCGGGCCAACGCUCAUACCAGAGGCUUCAUUCCCCAACUGGGUGUACAUAUCAGAUAACACAGUACUUUUAAUUGUAUUGCAGCAGCUUGGUUUGCGUGACUAUACUUUAACGUGAAAUUGCUGACACGGGGGAUCUAUACACACACAGACACACAGAUGUGGAUGUGAUUGACAGGAGUUGAUGUUAGCCUGAGAGAAUGAGGCGGGAUCUUAUCUAGAAAGUAAUUAUAAAAACGAGCUGGAAGCAGGUUCAUUUAACGUUCUCUUCUGUGUGAGUGGCUCUGCACCAACACCAAUAUUCCAGUAUUAAUCCAAAUGUGACAAUACAGCUGUCUGAUUAAACCUUAUGUAACCUGCUUAACGGUUUAUCCUUUCAAUUUUUCUUCAUAUAAAAAGACAGAAUGAGA